CCGCCACCAUGUCGUCGACCAACCCGAACAACGUCGUCUAUCUGAUCACCGGUGCCAACCGAGGCAUCGGCCGCGCCUUUGUUGAGGCCUAUCUCAGCCGGCCAUCGACCACCGUCGUAGCCGGCGUUCGCGACCCUGCACAUGCGACGGCCCAGUCGCUCUCUCAGUUGUCCAAGGGCGCCUCCAGCGAGCUCAUCGUCGAGCGCAUCGAUGCCUCGGACGAUAGCAGCGCGCCGGCGGCCAUGGAGCAGCUGGCACGUAAGCAUGGCAUUGUGAAGCUGGACGUUGUCAUUGCCAACGCGGGCGUGAGCCGGUCCUAUCCGCGGGUCGCUGAAGUGGCCAUCGACGAGCUCGACUACCACGUUCGUAUCAACGGUUACGGUACGCUGCGCCUUUUCCAGGCCACGCUGCCAGCCAUGGACCGUGCCGCUUCCCCCAAGUUUGUUGCCGUCAGCUCUUCGGCCAGCAGCAUUGGUGGCAUGGACCUUCAACCCUUUCCUAAUGCAGCCUACGGCCCCUCUAAGGCUCUGCUUAACUAUUUGACGCGCAAGAUGCACUUUGAGCACGAGAACAUCAUCGUCUUCCCUGUUGAUCCCGGGUGGGUCAAGACGGACAUGAGCAACGACGCCGCCGCCAUCUUGGGACUUGCCGAGGCUGAGAUGACGCCCAAGGAGAGCGUCGAUGGCCUAGUCAGAGUGAUCGACGGGGCGAGCCGGGAAGAGACGUCGGGGCGGUUUCUGCUCUACACGGGUGAGGCGUCGCAGUGGUAGGUACUCUACGAAGUAAGACGACGGUGUGAACGGCCUAGCUUGUUCUAGCUUAGCUAGACCACUCAAUUUUAGAUGCAUUAUAUAAUCUUCUCUAUUCCUCUUUUACAAUCGACGCUUUCCUCAAUGCACU